UGAAACCAAAACAUCGUGACCGUCAAUUGAUAACAACGAACUGAUAAGUAACAAGAAAUUUGAAAUUUUCGAAAUUUGUUAGCUAAACAUGUGCUAGUUUUUCAUAAAUUAUUCGAAAUGACAGUUGUAAUCCUCGGUGGAGGAAUCGGUGGCCUUUCAGCAGCUCAUUAUUUAUUGAAAAACACCAAACACAAAAUACUUCUAUUGGAAGCAUCGAGCCGGCUCGGAGGUUGGAUUCGUUCAGAGAAACAAGAUAAUGGAUUGAUUUUCGAACAAGGCCCUAGGACUCUUCGACCGAAAGGAGAAUCUGGUGCGAAUACUUUAAACUUGAUAGAAGAUCUUAAACUAUCCGAUCAAUUGAAACCAAUUUUACCAAGUCACGCUGCCUCUAAAAACAGAUACGUUUAUGUCAACGGUAAAUUACACGCGUUACCAUCAUCAUUUUCAGCAAUAUUCAAAAAAUUACCACCGUUUUCGAAACCACUAAUCAAUGCUUUAGUUCACGAUUAUAAAUCGCCGAUAAAACGUAUCGAUGAUGAAAGUAUAUACGACUUCGUUGAGAGGCGUUUUGGUAAAGAGAUCGCCGAUUAUGCCAUCAGCCCUUUGAUAUGCGGCGUAUGUGGUGGCGAUGCUAAAAGAAUAUCAGUUCGAUUUCUAAUGAAAGAUUUAUUCGAUAAGGAACAGAAUUACGGUUACGUUCUCAAAGGUUUACUUUGGCAAUUAUUUCAGAAAAAACAACGAUAUCAUCGCGGUGAUUUAGCCAAGAAGGCACAGAGAAAAGAAAAAUGGAGCUCGUAUGCUUUUCAGAAUGGUAUGGAAGUGUUACCUCAAACCUUAGCUGAGGAGAUAGAAAAAAGUAAUGUAACCGUUAUGAAAGAUUCUCCUGUCGUCAAGUUGAGUUUCAAGAAGAAAGUCAUUUCGACCGAGAAAGAAGAAAUACCAUUCGAACAUUUGAUCAGCACGAUUCCAUCGUAUACAGUUGGUAAAUUGGUUAGAGAUGAGCACUAUCCUAUGUCAAAAGAACUACUCAAAAUUCCAUACGCUUCGAUCAUUACUGUAAAUUUAGCGUAUUCCAAAAAACUGCUCAAUAUCGAUGGAUUUGGAUUUCUCGUUCCUCCCAGCGAACAAUUGCCUAUUUUAGGUAUCGUAUUUGACAGCUGUUAUGCUCCUUUCGAAGAUUGGACUGUACUUACUGUUAUGAUGGGCGGACAUGCGUUUAAUUCGUUUUUCAAAGAUAAUUGUUCGGAAGACUAUGUUCUCAAAACUGCUACCAAAUACGUUGCUGAUAUUUUGAAAAUCCAGUCGUCGCCUGAUGUGUAUAAAAUUAAUGUUUUGAGAGAUUGUAUACCUCAACAAACGAUUGGACAUUACCAUAGAGUGGAUUCAAUAGAAAGUUACGCGGAGUUUUAUAACUUACCGUUGUAUUUAGUUGGUACUGCUUAUAGAGGUACUGGUAUUAAUGACACUAUACUUUCUGCUAAAAAUGCAGCUCAAAGUAUAGCCAAAUUAAAUCAGUGAUUGUUAGUUGAUUUUUAUUAAAAAUUAUAACGUUGAA